AUGUCGUUGGCAAAGCGCCGCGCCGAGCAGGAGGCCCGGUUCGGAGCGCUGGAGGAGCGCCAGGACUAUCUUGAAAGGGUUGUGCGCGGCCUCAAGAGGAAGGUGAACGAGGUCACCAAGAGCUGCCACCUGGUGUGCGAAGGGUGCCACGGUCUCCAGGCGCUGUACGAGCAGCAUGUGCCUGCGAACAAGUUCCGUGAGCUGCGUGAGGCGGCUCCGGAGACUCUGGUCAGGGACCUUGCGGCCAAGCUCGAGGAAGGGUGGCCCCUCCAGGGAGACACGGCGAACGUGUCUUCCCUUCGGAAGCUCUUGGAAGGCCUCAGCGAGCCCGGGACGCUCCGCGGGGUGUACCAGCAGGUGCGCACCGAGCAGGGGAGCAAGGUGCCCGUUCCGGGCACCUUCUACCUUGUGCUGCGCUUCUCGAUCGACUCCUUGGCGGUCGAGAGGAGCGUGCAGCGCUUCGACGCUCCUCUUCGGAGGGCGUCUGGCCUUGCGGUGCGCGGGGCGCAGCCACCUCCUCUGCCAGCGGGCCAGGACCCGCCGGCGAAGGUGCUGCUCUGGGUCGAGAAGACUCCCGAGGAGAAGGAGGCGGCGGAGGCCCGGAGGCAGGCCAAGGGCCGCGGCAAGGGCAACAAGGGCCGCGUCAAGGGCGGCAAGGGGGGCGGCAAGAGCUCGGGCAGCAAGGGGGACAAGAGCGGCGGCAAGGGCGGCGGCAAGGGCGGCCGCAAGGGAGGCAAGGGCGGCCGCAAGGGCGGCAGGGACGGCGGCGCUGACGGGAACGGCGCGCCGCCUGCGCCGCCCCCGGCACCGCAGGCCAAAGCGGAGCCACCGGCGCCGGCCCCGCAGGCCAAAGCGGGGCCAGCUGCACAGGGAGCGGCUGCUCUUUCUGGGGCGGCCGCUUCGGCGGGGCCCUCGAGGCCGCCACCGGCGGUGCCCGCGCCCUACGUGGCGGAG